GAAAGAAAAAAAAAGUUGUAAUUUUAAAUUCCAAACUAACCCAUAAUCUAUUUGCUAGGCCAUUAAUCCAUUAUUAUACAGGCGGUCUGUGGAUCUAAUCGAUUUCAAGGUUAGAUGAAAUUGGGCUCCCAGGAAAUUAAAGCCCAUACACUUCCAAUCAUGGUAAAGUCUAAUGUACGCCACGUUAGAGAACCAACUACUCAUGUACGCCACGUUAGAGAACCAGGAAAUUAAAGCCCAUAUACUUCCAAUUAUGGUUCAGUCUAAUGCACGCCACGUAUUGGGAUUAAAUAUUUUGAUUUUUUAUAACAAAAAUUAUAUAUAUAUAUACACACACACACACACACACACUUAAUGUAUUUUUAUGAUUUAAAAAUUUUAACAAAUUAAAUAAUUUAUGAAUAUAUAUAAUCAAAUAAAUUAAAAAUUAUGUACACUAAUAAAUAAAUAAAUUGUACAAGACGAAGAAGCGAGAAAAGAAUCACAGGGAAGGUAGAAGAAAAAGAGGGUGAAGAUGGUGCUAUUGGCGAUCGCCAGUUCUUCUCCUUCUCUUCUAAAACAAAUCGAUGUGAGAAAGAGGAGAGGAGGUAUGAAACAGGCAGAAACAAAGGAGACAUCAUUGAUUGUGGAAAUUGAAGGUUACAAGGCGACUGCCCAUCACAUCCAGGCUUAUGGGAAUAGAUUGUGGAGAUUGGGUAUUUAGUUUGGGGAGGUCCGAGAACAUGAUCAAUGGCCAGCAUCUGGACACCGGUUUUCAUGGAAGGACGGUCCACUGGGUUCCACUGGAUGCACCACAGUCCCACAAUGGCCAGAGAUCUCAAGGAAAAGUUAGGAGAAGGGGGUUUUGGUUGCGUGUAUAAAGAAAAGCUUCGUAAUGGGCAUUCUGCAGCGAUAAAAUUGCUGGGCAAAUCCAAGGCUAAUGGACAAGAUUUCAUCAAUGAAGUUGCUACCAUUGGAAGGAUUCGCCACACCAAUGUAGUGCAACUAGUUGGUUUUUGUGCUGAGGGAUCAAAGCGCGCUCUUAUAUAUGAUUUCAUGCUCAAUGGAUCUCUCGAUAAUUUCAUUUUUUCUCAAGAAAGAUCUGUCUCUUUAAACUGGGGAAAACUGCAUGAGAUUUCCCUUGGAGUGGCUCAUGGCAUCGAAUAUCUACAUCGAGGUUGUGAGAUGCAGAUCCUACAUUUUGACAUCAAGCCUCACAACAUUCUUCUCGAUAAAAACUUCGCUCCAAAAGUUUCUGACUUUGGGCUUGCUAGGUUGUGCCCAGCAAAUGAGACCGAGAAAUCUCUCACUGCAGCAGGGGGAACGAUAGGUUACAUGGCGCCAGAACUGUUCUACAAGAACAUCGGGCGCAUCUCAUACAAAGCUGAUGUUUAUAGCUUUGGAAUGUUGCUGUUGGAAAUGGCAAGCAAAAGGAAGAAUCUGAACGCAUUGACAGAGAAUUCAAGCCAAAUUUACUGGCCAGAUUGGGUUCAUGACCAAGUCUCUAAUGAGAAGGCUAUAGAGAUUAGAGAUGGUGGCACGGAAGAGGAAGAAAAGAUAGUCAAGAAGAUGAUUAUUGCAGGGUUGUGAAGUAUACAAAUGAAUCCUCUGAAUCGCCCUGCAAUGAACGAAGUUGUGGAGAUGCUUGAAGGUGACAUGGAAAGCCUGCAACUACCUCCGAAACCAAUUCUAUAUCUAGAUGAGAAGCCAAUAAACACUUUCGGAGAGUCAUCUUCCAUUUCUGAUUAUUUUCAGAAUCAGUCAGCUUGAUUGAUUGAAAAUGCAUAUAAUUAAGUGAUCUUGUAUGAAAUACUCUGCUCAUGUGCCAGGGAAGGCUUGUCCCAUGAAAUUCUUAGAUCAAAUCUGCAUGUGAUGGAUAUUCUUCUUGAUUCGUUUUA